ACCCUGGCUUCAGUUCGUUUCCAACCAGCUGGUUGGGGGGCAGCCAUGGAAGAACAGUGUUCGUUGCUGGACAUGCGUUGGAGGCCGUCGAUUUUUGUUUGGGAGGUGAGCUGCAAAUCCAGCCGCGCUUUCAAUCUUGGUGUCACAGAUUUGGGAUCGGGAGAUUUCUUCUUUUCUACACCCUUCGACUCAGGCUUCCAUCUUUCUUGCUUGCGAAUAUUUGCAUCGUUUGUCUUCAGCUUGAAUACACCAAAAAGCAAGGGACUGAAGAUUUGCAUUUUGCUGCCAUUUUCAAGCUUGGAUACACCAAAAAGCAAGGGACUAAGCAUUUGGAUUCUGCUAUCAUAUUCAAGGUAUAAAAACUCUUCCAAUUCAUUGUUUUCUAACAUUAACCAAUAUUAG